AUGGCAGAAUCUCCAAGUGAAGGGAACUCAUCGUUGAUGGCCUGUUCGUUGGGUCUGUUACGGAUUCGGGUCAAACGGGGCGUCAACCUUGCCGUUCGUGAUGUCCGAAGCAGCGACCCUUACGUCGUUGUUAAGAUGGGUAAACAGAAACUGAAGACUCGUGUAAAAAAGAAGGAUGUUAAUCCUGAGUGGAAUGAGGAUUUGACUCUUUCAGUAAUGGAUCCUAGUGUUCCAAUAAAACUGACAGUGUAUGACCAUGACACUUUUACCAAGGAUGACAAAAUGGGAGAGGCAGAGUUUGACAUUAGGCCUUACGUGGAAGCCUUGAAACAAGAUUUGGAAGACAUCCCGAGUGGAACCACAAUUUCGAGAGUGCAACCGUGCAGAUCCAACUGCCUGUCUGAAGAGAGCGCCAUUAUGUGGAUCGACGGGAAGGUCGUGCAGGACCUUUGCCUCCGAUUGAAAAAUGUGGAGUGCGGUGAACUGGAAAUUCAACUCAACUGGAUUGACCUUCCCGGGUCUAAAUGAAGUUCACAAAAUGUUGUUUCGCUCUUGCUUCCGUCUCUCGCUAUGUUCCACUGA